AUGUCGGAACUCACAGGUGUUGUCAACCUCAGCAAUAAACUGACGCCCAAAUGGAGAAAUAUGGACUCAGUUGUCUUUGAUGAAGAUUCUUCUCAAGACGAACACGACGAACAACGACAAGGAGAUUUCAACAUUAGCCAUACUGCUUCCUCAGACUUUCACAUGAAAAUGAGUGAUGAUAGUGAGAACGACCUUCCCGAUUUCCUGAAAGAACCAAAUUCAGAACAACAUGCCUUGCUUCAUUCACCGGAACGGACUCCCAGGGAUAGUUUUCCAGACACUCCCAAUCAACCAGACAUGUGGAACAUGACCCACCACCACCCGCAGUAUUCUAGUAGUAGCAACCACAGCAGCAACCACAGCAGCCAAACCAAAGGAGAUGGGGGUAUGAAUUGUCCGGAGACUCCUAAGACUAGGAAUACGAGUAGUACCCACAAGAGCCAUAGUGCGGCAGACCUACUGGAUCAAAUAGAAGGACCGAUUUUACAUGUUAUGGACCGGAUUGAAGAUGAAAUGGAAGCGCAUGCCUAUGAAGAUUUGGUUCCUCUCGAUAUCAAGCUGGCCAUUGAAGGCAAGGUAUUUGGUUGGACGCAUUUUACAUCCUCCUUUUUAGGGCACAUUGCCUUUACGGUGGGUGCCUAUCUCAUUGUCUUUCAUGGAUUUAACAUGAUUUGGAUGCAAGCCUUUUAUCGCACCACCACAACCACAUCCAAAAUAGAAGGAGAAUCCGUCAUGGAAUGGUACUGGGAAAUAUUGAGAGCCGUGCUUUCCUUGUGGGCUGGAGCGGCGUCCUACCGAAUGGUGCGACGCCGACGACAUGUUUGGUUCCGUGCUGCCUAUGGUUCCAAGGCCUACCGACAGGAUGGGGCCCGUCGUAUUCGCUCCGUCCGGGAAACGGAUCGAUCGACACGAUUGGGAAAGAUGAUCUUGUCCAUACGUCACAAACGGGUCCUCAAGACACUGCGAAAAGCAGAAAACAGAUUUGCCAAGAAGCACCACAACAACGUACGAUUGCGAAGGGCCAGCCUGGAUCGGACUGCCAGCCAUGAUCCGGCAGAUGGUGUGCCUGAUUCUCCCAGUGUGGUGGAAGGGUCGCCAUUGCUCUCGUCCCCUACCAGCGUCACGAGCAACAAUUUUAACACCAGCGAUGACGAAGAUGACGACGACAUGGGCUCGGACAAUUCCUAUUCAUCGAGCUCUUCGGGUGAAGGGUCCAAUCCCAAUACACCCACCUUCAAGAAAUUGCAGAAGAAGACCUUUUCGACCAUGCCCACAGAGCAAUUGGAGUCCUUUGCUCACGAUCAAGUCUUGUUUCCUACCAUUCAAAAGAUGCCCUAUGCGCACGGUGCCUAUUUCGGAGCUGCCCCAUUUCUCUUAUCGAAUCCCCAUUGGAUUAGCAUUCUGCGUCUCUUGAUGCCAGAUGUGUAUGUCGAAAUCUCACGACGUGUGGUCACGGCACCGGCGUCCCGAUUGAUCCAUUGGGCGGAAAACAAUCCCGUGGUGGCGGCGUAUGCCUCGGUGCACGAACUGGAAUACGGGGACUCGGGUCAAACGCACGCCAUUCCAAAUUUGGAAUGGGAUGUCUUUUUGGAUCCAAAGCUGGUGCAACGAGUGCAAAUCGUUUUGGACGAACGGGACAAGUUUCUUGUGGCUUGCAGGGAUGGUAGCAGUAGUAUCCACCCCAAGUCUGACAGAGCCCGGCAGAUUCUAUCCUUUUACAAACGGGAAUUGGAUCAACGAGCCAUGGCAAUGGUAGACAAGAUGCUGAUUGCGCACGGGAAUCUGACCCAACUGUUUUUGGAACAAACGGGGUAUGUGAAGAAUUACAAUUACUCCCGUGUGAAACGUACGCGACGAACGUUGGGUGGAGGAAUCUAUGCCCGUCAGUGGAUGGCAGUCUUUGCGGAAGCCAUGAAACUUGGAACAUGUUAUAUCGAAGAAGAAGAAGGGCAGCAAAAGAAUUCUACCAAGGGACGCUCCCGCAAGUCCAAAUCUCUUUUGGAUCUGGCGGAAUCCAAAUGUCCCGAUUCCACAAUGUCGGAGUCCAUUCGGUUGCUUUCCAAACUGACAAAGUGCGAGAAACCAGUCGGACUCGUCUUGGAUGUCAAAUCUCGCCAUGUCCCGAAACACAUUUGGAGUGUGGCGAUUGAUACCCUUCGCAAGGCGGGUAUACGAGUCGAAGGCAUUGCUUCCUUUUUCGUGGAAGAAAUCCGCGAUGUCAGCAUUAGCUGCGCUGAACCGGUCCAAGAACUCAUUUUCUGCCAUUCCGCAGGAGACUUGCAAAAGGCCUGCAACGAGGGCAGAAUUCGUGACGGCGACAGUGUCUUUUUCAAUGCUGGUUCCCUCCUUUGGGAUCCAUCACCGGACGAAGUCAAUCGACUCACCAACUUUGAUCCAAAUGAAAUCAAGUCUGCCUACAAAAUCCAAUCCUUUGGAAAUGUCGAGGAAACCGACGAGUCUUCCAUGUCCUACUAUUCCACCUUGCAAAUGUACAAGAAACGAUUCAAUCUUCGAAUCGGAUUGUAUGUUCAAGAGUUUGCCAUUGAUGAGGCUGCCAUUUCCAUUUUGUCCCAGUAUUUCAAUGACAAUACGCAUAUGUUCGAUUUGGGAUUUGCCUGGGGAGGUAUUAAUGGAAUCACCGUUGGUGGAAUCAAGCCUGGUCGUUUCACAGCCACGGAUGGAUUGUGGAACCAACGGCACAUUGGUGAAUUGUGGAAUGACACCCUAUUCCCACCACGCCAAGGUCAGUUUUCGUAA